UUGGGAGGAAUCAUGCCCUGCCCUCCUGACGGAAAGUGAGGCGGAGGGAGAGAAGGGAACGGGAGGCAGACGGAGAGAGACGGAGGGGAAAAGGAGAGCUUAGUGCAAAAAAAUGGAUCCAAGCGUGUGCGCCCUGGAGCUGCUGGGGGUCUUUUUCUCGGCGGGGGCCUGGCUCUGCUCCCUGGCCACCACCCUGAUGUCCACCUGGCUCACCCUGUCCACCGACCUCCUCCCCACCGAGAGCUACGAGCUGGGGCUGUGGGAGACGUGCGUGGUGCAGGAGCUCGGGGCGCUGGAGUGCAGACCCUACGACAGCCUGCUGGGCCUGCCGCCCGACAUCAAGCUGGCCCGGAUCCUCAUGUGCCUGACGGUGGCCACGGGGCUGCUGGGGUUCCUCCUGGCCAUCCCGGGCAUGUACGUGGUCAACAGCUGCGACAGCCGGCUGGAGGACAUCAAGUUCAAGAGGGUGAUGAAGAUGAUCGGCGGGACGCUGGGCCUCACCGCCGGGGUGCUGUGCCUCAUCCCCGUGUCCUACAUCGCCCACCUGACCGUGGUGCGCUUCUUCGACGACAACGUGCCGGACGUGGUGCCGCGCUGGGAGUUCGGCGACGCUCUCUUCUGCGGCUGGACGGCCGGGUUCCUGCACCUGGUGGCCGGCGUGCUGCUGCUCACCUCCUGCCUGUGUCUGCAGGAGCAGAACUGCAACAUCCCCGUGCCCAUCCCGCUGGUGAGGGUGCACUCCGCCCGCUCCUCGUACAAGACCCAUUCCGAGUACGUCUGA